AUGCCGAACUACACUCUCGUCAGCACUGGCCUCACCAGCGGAAUUGGCAGUUAUACCAAUUCUUACAUCGAAAAAAAUGGCAAGGACUUUCACCACGUGAUGGUGUGUCGCGAUCCCAGCAAGGUCGCGAAGAAAGCCAAUCUCACCACUGUGAAGUGUGAUCUUUCUUCCAUUGCGAGCACAAAGAAUGCUCUUGAAGAAAUCAAAAGCUUGGUCAAAAACGGAAAAAUACCACCAAUCAAAACUGUUCUCUUCAAUGCGGGUGUCUCGAAUUUCAGUCGCACAGUUAGCUCCAAGGAUGGGUUUGAGUGUACUUUCCACGUGAACGUGAUCUCACCUUAUCUCUUUGCCAGGGAGCUAAUUCCGUUGCUGAAAGAGUUCGGGCAAGGCCGGUUUGUCGUCACCGGAAGUCACUCCCAUUUUGCCGACAAAGAGCACACUCGCAACAUGGUGCCCAAACCUUAUUGGGACGACUCCAGUAUGGACCCUGUGAUCAAGCCUGUUGCUAAUCCAGCGGAUGCAAAUCCUGAGACCAUGGAGGCGGGAUUGCGUUCUUAUGCGACUAGCAAGCUGGCUCUUUUGUAUCUGUUUCAUGAACUAGCAAGAAGAAAUCCACAGGUCAAAUUUCUAGUCUACGAGCCAGGUUUUGUUCUUGGAACAGGGUUGGGAAGAGAGGCUAGCCUAUUAGUCAGAUUGUUGAUGAAGCCGGCUGGUCUAGUGUUCUGGCUUCUGGGAUGGAGCAUCACGAAGAACAAGUCCGGUUAUCUAAUGGCAAAAGCCGUCUUCGACGAUGAGCUUUUUGCAAAGGUUAAUAAUAUGGUUUAUUGCGAUCUUGGGAAAAUCAUCAAGUCUUCUGAGGAUUCCUACAAUGUGAACAGAGAGAAGCAGCUAUUGGAUACAUUGGAGCGUAUAGUUUGA